AUGAAAAUUCAAUUUGUUUUGUUUUCUGUAUUUUUAUUAAUUUUAAUAUCCAAUGUAAACUCAAAACAAAUUAAUGAAAAAGGAAAUAAUGUUACUUGUGAAGCCUGUGAAUUGGUUGUCUCAUAUGUAGAAAGAUUUUUGGAACAAAAUAAAACUAUCAAUGAGAUUGAACAGGAGUUGGAGAAAGUUUGUCUUUAUUUACCAGGAGUUUGGUCAUCAAAUUGUAAAAUAAUUGUUCAAAAUUAUAUUACUCAAAUCAUUGAUAUGAUCAUCAAUGAAGAGGAUCCAGAUCAAAUAUGUUCAAUUCUGGGAGUAUGCACUAAUGAAGUGAUGGUCAUGGUAAUGCAACCAGUGGUCAAAAUUAUCUCUAAUACUGAAUGUCCAAUCUGUACAAUUGUAACAGGUUAUGUCGAACAAUUUGUCGAUAGAAACAGCUCGGUUCAAGAAAUGGUUUCUGCUUUGGAGAAGAUCUGUUCAAAGUUUGACCAAGGUUGGGCAUCCCAGUGCAACAGCUUGGUAUCAAACUAUGUACCAAUUAUCAUUGAACUUUUGGCCAAAGAGAUGACUCCAGCGAUCAUCUGUCAAGAGAUGAAACUCUGUCCUGUUCCAGGUCAAGUUAGACAAAGCAUGAACAUCAUUGCCUCGCAACCAACCGAGAACAAAAACAAUCAAUUAGCCAUUGUUCCAGAUCACAAUUCUCUCCUUAUUGCUAAGAGAAAUCCAACCGCAAGACCAGUCGUCAACAACAAUAACAAUGCUUGUGAUAAUGAACCAAAUCCAGACCAAGUUUGUGGAAUGAUUGGUUUGUGCUCUACCCAUAGAAAUCCAUUCUACAAUCGACAAAAUAGCAUCAACAUCAAAAUCUAA